AUGGCAGUAUUCAGGGACAGGCAGUAUUCAGGGACAGUUGGUUUAAAUCCUACAUCACCCCCGCCAGCCCCUUUAGCUGCAACCAGCACCAGCAUUAGCACCACCUCCUGCAGCACCACUACUAGCAGCUACACCUCCAUCUACACCUCCUGCUGCAACUCCUGCUGCAACUCCUGCUGCACCUCCUGCAACAACUCGUGCUGCACCUCCAGCUGCACCACCAGCAGCAUCACUACCAGCAGCUACACCUCCAGCUACACCACCAUCUACACCUCCUGCUGCACCUCCAGCUGCAACUCCUGCUGCACCUCCAGCUGCAACUCCUUCUGCACCUCCAGCUACAACCCCUGCUGCACCUCCAGCUGCACCACCACCAGCAGCUACACCUCCAGCUGCAACUCCUGCUGCAACACCUGCUGCACCUCCAGCUGCAACUCUUGCUGCACCUCUUGCUGCAACUCCUGCUGUACCUCCUGCUGCAACUCCUGCUGCACCUCCUGUGGCACCACUACCAGCAGCUACACCUCCAGCUACACCUUCAGCUGCACUUCCUGCUGCAACUCCUGCUGCACCUCCUGCAGCAACUCCUGCUGCACCACCAGCUGCACCUCCAGCUACAACACGUGCUGCACCUCCUGCUGCACCUCCAGCUGCACCACAAGCAGCACCACUACCAGCAGCUACACCUCCAGCUGCACCUCCUGCUGCAACACCUGCUGCACCUCCAGCUGCAACUCCUGCUGCACCUCCAGCUGCACCUCCUGCUGUACCUCCAGCUGCAACUCCAGCUGCACCUCCUGCUGCAGCACUACCAGCAGCUACACCUUCAGCUGCAACUCCUGCUGCAACUCCUGCUGCACCUCCAGCUGCACCUCCUGCUGCACCACCAGCUGCACCUCCAGCUGCAACCCCUGCUGCACCUCCUGCUGCAUCUCCAGCUGCACCACCAGCAGCACCACUACCAACAGCUACACCUCCAGCUGCACCUCCUGCUGCAACACCUGCUGCACCACCAUGCAUCUGCUCGUGAGCCCUUCGUCACUGGACUGCGGGGCCAACGCUCUUUAG